GAAGACACCAAUAUUUUCUUUUUCUCUUUUCUUUUCCUGCUUAUAACUGCCUUUUGUUUUGGUUUUAAUUCCACCUCAUAUUUCAUAUGUGUUCCAAACUUCUUCUUGGAAUGUCCCUUCCUAAAUAACCCUCAAACAAAAGCCACCUUAACAUCUCUUCUCUGAAAAUUCUCUUUAGAGAGAUAGAGAGAUAGAGAGAGAGAGAGAAAGAAAUUAAGAAAAAAUGGCAGCCUGCACUGUCUACUCAACACAAUCUCUGAGCACAAAUUGCUCCAUCUCAACCCCAUCAAAGACACAGCUGAGUUUCUUCCACCAAAAGCAGGUAGUUUUCUGGAGGAACAGCAACAGGGGCAACAGCAGCAGCAGAAGAAGCUAUGUGAUAACAUGUGCAGCAGGUGACUCACAGACAGUGGUGAUUGGUCUUGCUGCAGACUCAGGGUGUGGGAAGAGCACCUUCAUGAGGAGGCUGACAAGUGUGUUUGGAGGAGCAGCAGAGCCACCGAAGGGUGGCAACCCUGACUCAAACACACUCAUCAGUGACACCACCACUGUCAUAUGCUUGGAUGAUUACCACUCUUUGGAUAGAACUGGCAGAAAGGAGAAGGGUGUCACUGCCCUUGACCCUAGAGCCAAUGAUUUUGAUCUCAUGUAUGAACAAGUUAAAGCUCUUAAGGAUGGAAUUGCUGUUGAAAAACCAAUCUACAACCAUGUCACUGGUCUCCUGGAUCCCCCUGAGCUCAUUAAACCCCCCAAAAUCUUAGUCAUUGAAGGCUUGCACCCAAUGUAUGAUUCUCGGGUCAGAGAUCUCUUGGACUUUAGCAUCUACCUAGACAUUAGCAAUGAGGUCAAAUUCGCUUGGAAAAUUCAGAGAGACAUGGCAGAGCGUGGACACAGUCUUGAAAGCAUCAAGGCUAGCAUUGAAGCAAGGAAGCCUGAUUUUGAAGCAUAUAUUGAUCCACAAAAGCAAUACGCAGAUGCAGUGAUAGAAGUGUUGCCAACCCAACUCAUUCCAGAUGACAACGAGGGUAAGAUUUUGAGAGUGAGGUUGAUACAGAAAGAAGGGGUUAAGUACUUUAGCCCAGUUUACUUAUUUGAUGAUGGCUCUACCAUUUCAUGGAUACCAUGUGGAAGGAAGCUUACAUGCUCCUACCCUGGCAUCAAAUUCUUCUAUGGACCAGAGACUUACUACGGAAAUGAGGUGUCACUUGUAGAAAUGGAUGGACAAUUUGACAGACUAGAUGAACUAAUAUACGUUGAGAGCCACCUAAGCAACCUCUCUACAAAGUUCUAUGGAGAGGUUACUCAACAGAUGUUGAAGCAUGCUGAUUUCCCCGGCAGCAACAAUGGAACAGGUCUCUUCCAAACCAUAGUUGGUUUGAAGAUAAGAGAUUUAUAUGAGCAGCUAAUAGCCACCAAGGCUGAGACUCCAGUGGCUGCAAAAGCUUAGGAAUUGAAUUGAACCUGCCAUAAUAAUAUAUAUACAUAUCGACCGAGCGACGCAGUCAAAUUGCAUUAGUUCUCAUCAAAAUCAUCAUUUUCUUUCUUCUUUCAUGUUUUCCACAAUUUCACUGUGUUUCAUGUUAUUUUGUCUAUUGUUAUUAGGCUGUUCUGCAUCAUAAUUAAUGAAAAAAACACAUAUGUAUGUAUGUAUGUACUUAUCCGAGAAAAAAAAGUGAGGCUGAGAUUCAGUUAUGUUGAUACAAGAUUGAGACAAUAAUUGGCUUCUCUUUCUCUAGCUUUAUCCAUACUGGCAUCGCAUAUUUUCUUAUCAAACUUUUUGUGUGUAGUUUGUAAAUUAAUCAAAGGGAAUGAUCUAAUAUUCUAUUUGUUGGUUAA